UGAGUUUAGUAGCAGAAAGUCUGGAUAUCUUGGCUGGCAAACAGAGUAACCAAAAUAUAAAAGACCAACUGCAUGGGGAAGCAAAAGAUCUGCAAGACAUCCAGACAGAGAUCACGUCUCACAUUAUGCCUUUGCUGCUGGAACUGAACACCACUGUUAAGAAUCUCAGUGCAGUAGCGUCUCAAAUCACUGCAGCUGUGGAGAAUGUUCUCAGAAAAGUUGGCUCUGCUCAGGACGUCCUGAACUACAACAUAUCACAAAUAGUGAAAACUGAAAGCAGGGCAUUCAUAGACUGCCAGCUGGAAAUCUUUCUGACAUUUGUUCACUGGGCAAAUCAAACGAUCACAGAGAAGGUGGGUCGUUGUGGGCCUGCAGCUGCAGCAGUAGACAGAUCAGAGGAGCUCCUCUGUAAACACUUGGUGGAAUCUUUGAACGCCUUUUGGUUGAGUUUGGGCUGGUGUAUGAUAUUCCUGAUCCCCAGCAUAAUUUUCUCAGUUAAACUGGCCAAGUACUACCGCAGGAUGAAGUACUCAGAUGUUUAUGAGAACAAUAACUUCAUGAUGAAUCCUUUCCCAAAGGCCCACCUCAAACCUGAAUUAUUGGAAAUGGAAAAACAACCACCUUUUACAUAUGUACAUAAUUAAAAGUGACCGUUAAGUUUGAUUUUCACACACUGACCCACAUCUCAAAAGAAUCAAGUAGACAAUGAUUGUAGGAAAAAUAAUGCCAAAGUAGCUUCUGAGUACUUUGUGUCAAAUGAUUUUAGCACUUAAUAUUUAAAUGAAAAGCACAACUUUACUGUUACAACUGUAAUAUGUUUUCUAUUAUAAGGCAAUAAUGGGAGUUUAGAAAGCACUUUAUUUGGUCCUGUAGGCAAUGAGAUUUAUUUAUGCCAUUUUUUCAAUAAGAAAUAUGGGUAUGCUGUUAUACUGCUGGCAUAUAUUGUAUUUAAAAACAACUGUUCUAAUAAAUAAUUUAGCUCAUGAAUACUGUGAAGACUGUAACUGUAUAAGCCAACUAACCUCUUUUUGAAGUGGUGCGGUCUGAUAGGUGGAAUCUGAGGCCUGUUAAACAUUUCUAUCUCGUGUCAUGUAUUAAUUACAAUCAUAAUAAAAGGUGCUUA